CGGACCCAUGCCCCUCGCUUAGCGCAGCCCGGCCCUGCCAUGUCCGCCUCGGAGCUCUACACCAAGUACACAAGGGUUUGGAUUCCUGACCCUGAUGAAGUUUGGAGAUCGGCAGAAGUUAUCAAGGAUUAUAAAGUGGGAGAUAAAAGCCUGCAUCUGAAACUUGAAGAUGAAACUCUCUACGAAUAUCCCAUUGACCCGCAAGGAAAUGAAUUGCCUUUCCUGCGCAAUCCAGAUAUCCUUGUGGGAGAGAAUGACUUGACUGCCCUGAGCUACCUGCAUGAGCCUGCAGUGCUCCACAACCUCAAAGUCAGGUUCAUCGAGUCCAACCACAUCUACACGUACUGCGGUAUUGUACUUGUUGCCAUUAAUCCAUAUGAGCAGCUGCCAAUCUACGGACAAGAUGUCAUCUACGCAUACAGUGGCCAAAACAUGGGGGAUAUGGAUCCUCACAUCUUUGCCGUGGCAGAGGAAGCCUAUAAGCAGAUGGCCAGGGAUGAGAAGAACCAGUCCAUCAUUGUGAGCGGGGAGUCUGGUGCUGGAAAGACAGUUUCUGCCAAAUAUGCCAUGCGCUUCUUUGCAACCGUUGGUGGUUCUGCCAGCGAGCCCAACAUCGAGACCAAAGUCCUCUCAUCGAUCCCAGUUAUGGAGGCAAUUGGAAAUGCUAAAACAACAAGGAAUGACAACAGCAGUCGCUUUGGGAAAUACAUUCAGAUUGGCUUUGAUAAAGGAUACCGCAUCAUUGGUGCCAAUAUGAGGACUUACCUGUUGGAAAAAUCACGAGUUGUAUUCCAGGCGGAGGACGAGCGCAACUACCACAUCUUCUAUCAGCUUUGUGCCUCAGCGAGUCUCCCAGAAUUCAAAGACCUUGGGCUAACGUGUGCUGAAGACUACUUCUACACAUCUCAGGGAGGUGACACGUCUAUUGAUGGUGUGGAUGAUGCUGAUGACUUUGAGAAAACAAGGCAUGCCUUCACCCUACUUGGAGUGAAGGAGUCUCAUCAGAUGACCAUUUUUAGGAUAAUUGCUGCCAUUCUGCACCUAGGGAACUUGGAAAUCCGAGUGGAACGAGACGGCGAUGCCUGUAGUAUAUUGAGCGAGGACAAUCACUUGAACAGCUUCUGCAGCUUGCUGGGUGUGGAGCACAGCCAGAUGGAGCAUUGGCUCUGCCAUCGCAAGCUGGUUACCAGGGCCGAGACCUAUGUGAAGAGCAUGUCCCUGCAGCAAGUGGUGAAUGCCAGGAACGCCCUGGCCAAGCACAUCUAUGCCCAACUCUUCAGAUGGAUCAUGCAACACAUCAACAAGUCCCUGCACACCACCAUUAAGCAGCACUCCUUCAUCGGCGUGCUUGAUAUCUACGGGUUUGAAACUUUUGAAGUGAACAGCUUUGAGCAGUUUUGUAUCAACUACGCCAACGAGAAGCUCCAGCAGCAGUUCAACUUGCAUGUGUUUAAGCUGGAACAAGAAGAGUACAUGAAGGAAGGAAUCCCUUGGACUCUCAUAGACUUCUACGAUAACCAACCCUGCAUAGAUCUUAUAGAGGCAAAACUUGGUAUCUUGGACCUGCUGGAUGAAGAGUGCAAGGUUCCCAAAGGCACUGACCAGAACUGGGCUCAGAAGCUGUAUGACCGGCACGCCAACAGCCAGCACUUCCAGAAGCCGCGGAUGUCCAACACCUCCUUCAUUGUCCUGCACUUUGCUGAUAAGGUGGAAUACCAGAGUGAGGGAUUUCUGGAGAAGAACAGGGACACUGUGUAUGAGGAACAGAUCAACAUCCUGAAAGCCAGCAAGUAUCAGAUGGUAGCAGACUUAUUCCAAGAUGAGAAGGAUGCUGCAUCCACCACUUCUGUGAGAAAGGAAAUACCCAAAGUCAGUGUCCGUUCUGCCAGACCAGCCAUCAAAGCUGCCAAUAAGGAGCACAAGAAAACAGUGGGGCACCAGUUCCGCAACUCACUGCAUUUACUCAUGGAGACCCUGAAUGCCACCACCCCACACUACGUGCGCUGUAUCAAGCCCAACGAUGAGAAGCUGUCCUUCAAGUUUGAUUCAAAGAGAGUGGUGCAGCAGCUGAGAGCUUGUGGAGUGCUGGAGACAAUCCGCAUCAGUGCAGCUGGCUUCCCAUCCAGAUGGUCGUACCAUGACUUUUUCAAUAGGUAUCGUGUUCUUAUGAAAAAGAGAGACCUCUGUAACAGCGACAAGAAACAGAUAUGUCAGACCCUGUUGGAAGACCUCAUUAAGGAUCCAGACAAGUUCCACUUUGGGCGUACGAAGAUCUUUUUCCGUGCAGGCCAGGUGGCUUAUCUGGAGAAACUGCGAGCAGAUAAGUUCAGAGCUGCCACAAUCAUGAUUCAGAAGACAGUGCGGGGCUGGCUGCAGCGGGUCAGGUACAAAAAGCUCAGACAAGCUACAGUCAUCAUCCAGUGCUACGUACGUGGGCACCUGGCACGGAGACUCGCUGAGCACCUGAGGAGGACAAGAGCUGCCAUCAUCUUCCAGAAGCAGUACCGAAUGCUACGGACCCUCCAAGCUUACCAGAGGGUCCGCAGCGCAGCCAUCACCAUUCAGGCUUUUGCUCGGGGCAUGAUUGUCAGGAGGAUUUAUCACAAGAUCCUGGUGGAGCACAAAGCCAUCACUCUCCAGAAGUACACCCGGGGCUGGCUGGCCCGCACUCGGUUCCGCCGUGUCAGGGCUGCCACCAUUGUCCUGCAGUGCUACUACCGGCGCAUGAAGGCCAGGCAGCAGCUGAAGGCACUGAAGAUCGAGGCCCGCUCAGCAGAACACCUAAAGAAGCUCAAUGUUGGCAUGGAGAACAAGGUGGUCCAGCUCCAGAGGAAGAUCGACGAGCAGAACAAGGAAUACAAACUUCUGCAUGAGCAGCUCUCAACGCUUACGUCAGCCCACUCCUCUGAGGUGGAAAAGUUGAAGAAGGAGCUGUUGCGGUAUCAGCAGAGCCACCAGGGUGAUGGCAACCAGCUUGUCAGCUUGCAAGAAGAGAUGGAGCACCUCCGGCUGGAGCUUGAAAAGACUCAUAGUGAGAGGAAGGUCAUGGAAGACAGCUACUUUAAGGAGAAAGACUUACUGAGAAAGCACAUAUUUGACUUGGAAGAGGAAAAUACUUUCCUGAAGCAGGAAAAAGAGGAGCUUAACAGCAGGAUCCUGUGUCAAUCUGAAGAUGAAUUUGCACGAAUCGCAGUUGAGGAAAAUAUCCAGAUGAAGAAAGAGCUGGAAGAAGAGAGAGCUCGUUAUCAGAACCUGGUAAAAGAGUAUUCAAGGCUGGAGCAGAGAUAUGACAAUUUGCGGGAUGAAAUUACUAUUAUGAAGCAGGCACCUGGGCACAGAAGAAACCCAUCCAACCAGAGCAGUUUGGAGUCCGAUUCCAAUUACCCAUCCAUCUCAGCCUCUGAGAUAGGAGACACCGAAGACAUAAUGCCACAGGUGGAGGAGGUUGGGAUGGAGGAAGCAGCCAUGGACAUGACCCUCUUCCUGAAGCUACAGAAGCGAGUGAGGGAGCUCGAGCAGGAGAGGAAGAAGCUCCAAACCCAGCUGAAGAAAAAGGAGGAAGAGAGCAAGAAACCCCAGGUGACAGAAGUGAAGACUGAAGUGACUUCAGAGCACGAGGAUUUUGCAUACAACAGUCUGAAGAGGCAAGAGCUGGAGUCGGAGAACAAGAAGUUGAAGAAUGAGCUUAAUGAGCUGAGGAAAGCUAUCGCAGACAAAGCAACCCAGAACAACUCAUCCAACGAUAUUCAGGACAGUUAUAACCUGUUACUGAACCAGCUGAAAUUGGCCAAUGAGGAGUUGGAAGUGAGGAAAGAAGAGGUACUCAUCCUGAGGACACAAAUUAUGAAGGCAGCCCAGCAAAAGGAGAUAGGGAAAAACGUGGAGAGCAUCGCCAGUGACACCAGAUGGCCGAACAGUGACAAGCACAUUGAUCAGGAGGACGCGAUUGAAGCCUACCAGGGGAUGUGCAAGACAAACCACAUGACUGAGGACUGGGGGUAUCUCAAUGAAGAUGGAGAGCUCGGCUUGGCUUAUCAAGGUUUAAAGCAAGUUGCCAGGUUGCUGGAAGCACAGCUACAGGAUCAGAGAAGAGAACAUGAAGAGGAGGUGGAAGAUUUGAAGAACCAGAUGGACGCAAUGAAAGAAGAGAUGGAGAAGCAGCAGGAGUCUUUCCUGCAGACCCUGCAGCUCUCUCCAGAGGUUCAGGUGGAGUUUGGACUCCAGCGAGAAAUUACACGUCUCACCAAUGAGAAUCUGGAUCUUAAAGAAUUGCUAGAGAAGUUGGAAAAGAAUGAGAAGAAGCUGAAGAAGGAGCUGAAGGUUUAUAUAAAGAAGGUCCAAGAUUUUCAAGCAUUCCAGACUGUGGUACCAGCAGAGAGAAGGCAGCGUGAAUGUCACAUGCAAGUUGCAGUUCAGAGGAAGGAGAAAAAUUUUCAGGGCAUGUUGGAAUAUUAUAAGGAAGAUGAGCCACUUCUCAUCCAAAACCUCAUUACAGAUCUCAAGCCCCAGGCGGUGUCUGCUACUGUUCCUUGCCUUCCUGCCUAUAUCCUUUACAUGUGCAUCAGACAUGCGGAUUACAUCAAUGAUGACCAGAAAGUGCACUCCUUGCUCACCUCCACCAUCAAUGGCAUUAAGAGAGUGCUGAAGAAACACAGUAAUGAUUUUGAGAUGACAUCGUUUUGGCUGGCGAAUACACGUCGCCUCCUGCACUGUUUAAAGCAGUACAGCGGAGAUGCGGGUUUCAUGACACAAAAUACGCCUAAACAGAACGAGCACUGUCUGAAGAACUUUGACCUGACUGAAUACCGCCAGGUGCUGGACCACCUCUCCAUCCAGAUCUACCAGCAGCUCAUUAAGAUAGCAGAGGGCACAUUCCAUCACAUGAUUGUGUCUGCGGUGUUGGAAAAUGAGAGUAUCCAAGGGCUUUCUGGUGUCAAACCAAUGGGCUACAGAAAUCGCUCCUCCAGCAUGGCAGAGGGUGACAGCUCCUACAGCCUAGAUGAAAUCAUUCGCCAGCUGAACGCAUUCCACACCAUCAUGUGUGACCAGGGUAUGGACCCAGAGAUCGUGCAGCAGGUCUUCAAGCAGCUGUUCUACAUGAUCAAUGCAGUUGCCCUGAACAACCUCCUAUUAAGGAAGGAUGUCUGCUCGUGGAGCACGGGCAUGCAGCUAAGGUUUAACAUAAGCCAGCUGGAGGAAUGGAUCCGUGCGAAAAAUCUGCAGGAGAGUGGAGCAGCACAAACUUUGGAGCCCUUGAUUCAGGCAGCACAGCUUCUGCAGCUGAAAAAGAAAACUUCAGAAGAUGCUGAGGCCAUCUGCUCCUUGUGCACAUCACUCACGACCCAGCAGAUUGUAAAGAUACUUAAUCUCUACACUCCGGUGAAUGAGUUUGAAGAGCGCGUGACAGUAGCUUUCAUUCGAGACAUACAGAUGCACUUGCAAGAGCGAAAUGACCCUCCGCAGCUGCUGUUAGACUUCAAGCACAUGUUCCCAGUUUUGUUCCCGUUCAACCCAUCCUCCAUAACCAUGGACUCUAUCGAUCUCCCUGCUUCUCUCAACUUGGAAUUUCUCAAUAAAGUCUGAAGACAGUACAAUUAAGCCCACCUCUCAUACCCAGAGAUCUCCAGCAAGGAAAGAAAAAUCCUGAAAGGCAUUUAAGGAGCUCUUUAAAUACAGACCAAACAGGCUUGUAGACAAAUGAAUACAUAGUGAUAAUUGGAUGCUAAACUACACAGUUAAAAACAGACUGAUCUGUAUGUGAUGUUGGGGUUUUUUUUUAGUAAUUUGCAGCUCAGAAAUAAUGACAUUUGAAAUGUAGAUUUAUUUCUUACUGUUUGAUUUUACACUCAAAGCCCAUAAUCAUCUCCAAAAGACACUAACAAAAAAGAACGGGGAGUGAGAUCCCCCCUGGUUUCCAUAGGUGUCUAGGAAGAAAUGAGAGUUAAAUC